AUGGACAAACUCGGGGAGAGAAUGGAAGGGCAGCGUGAUCGGAGUAACCCCCCACCGUCCCAGAGCAUAUAUACCCAGCCCACCCCAGCCCACCACACCAUACCCCAGCCCACCCCAGCCCACCCCCAGCCCACCUCACCUCACUCCAGCCCACCCCACCACACCAUACCCCAGCCCACCUCACCCCAGCCCACCCCAGCCCACCACACCACACCCCAGCCCACCCCCAGCACACCAUACCCCAGCCCAUCCCAGCCCCACCAAACCCCAGCCCACCCCGCCCCACCAAACCCCCAGCCCACCCCACCCCAGCCCACCCCAGCCCACCCCCAGCCCGCCCCCACCAAACCCCAGCCCACCCCUCCCCAGCCCACCCCAGCCCACCCCACCCCCACCCCACCACACCACACCAUACCCCAGCCCACCCCAGCCCACCCAACCCCAGCCCACCCCAGCCCACCACUCCAUACCCCAGCCCACCCCACCCCAGCCCACCACACCAUACCCCAGCCCACCCCAGCCCACCCCAACACACCCCAGCCCACCCCAGCCCAACCCAGCUCAACCCAGCUCAGUCCUAUCUGUCCCAGCCCACACCCUCCACCAUCCCCUGCCCCCUCCAUCCUGCCCAAUCUCCCUGGCCCUGUCCCCCUGGUCCCAGCCCUGUCCCCCUGGUCCCAGCCCUCAGCCCUGUCCCCCUGGUCCCAGCCCUGUCCCCCUGGUCCCAGCCCUCAGCCCUGUCCCCCUGGUCCCAGCCCUCAGCCCUGUCCCUCUGGUCCUAGCCCUGUCCCCCUGGUCCCAGCCCUCAGCCCUGUCCCCCUGGUCCCAGCCCUGUCCCCCUGGUCCCAGCCCUCAGCCCUGUCCCCCUGGUCCCAGCCCUCAGCCUUGUCCCCCUGGUCCCAGCCCUGUCCCCCUGGUCCCAGCCCUGUCCCCCUGGUCCCAGCCCUGUCCCCCUGGUCCCAGCCCUCAGCCCUGUCCUCCUGGUCCCAGCCCUGUCCCCCUGGUCCCAGCCCUGUCCCCCUGGUCCCAGCCCUGUCCCCCUGUUCCCAGCCCUGUCCCCCUGGUCCCAGCCCUGUCCCCCUGGUCCCAGCCCUGUCCCCUGGUCCCAGCCCUGUCCCCCUGGUCCCAGCCCUGUCCCCCUGGUCCCAGCCCUGUCCCCCUGGUCCCAGCCCUGUCCCCCUGGUCCCAGCCCUGUCCCCCUGGUCCCAGCCCUGUCCUCCUGGUCCCAGCCCAGUCCCCCUGGUCCCAGCCCUGUCCCCCUGGUCCCAGUCCUGUCCCCCUGGUCCCAGCCCUGUCCCCCUGGUCCCAGCCCUGUCCCCCUGGUCCCAGCCCUGUCCCCCUGGUCCCAGCCCUGUCCCCCUGGUCCCAGCCCUGUCCUCCUGGUCCCAGCCCUCAGCCCUGUAUCCCUGGUCCCAGCCCUGUCCCCCUGGCCCACUGCAGAUUGGGAGGCACUAUAGGCCUCUGCUAGAUAUGGACAGGAGUAGCUACUCACAGGGAGAGUGA